AUGACAAGUGCUAGUUCAACGCUAUAUUUUGAUAUUUCUAUCGAUAAUGUCGAUAUUGGUAGAAUUGUUUGUGAACUAUUCGAAGAUAAGGCUCCAAAAGCAACCAAAAACUUUAAACAUUUAUGUAACGGUGAUACUACGAUCGAAGGGUUUAAAAACUUAACUUUUAAAGGAAACUAUUUUCACCGUAUUAUUAAAACUUUCAUUGUUCAAUGUGGUGAUAUUGUAUAUGGGUCUGACAAAUUUGAAAAGAGUGAUGAAAUUGGUACCGGUGGGUCUUCCAUAUAUGCAACUGCAGAAGAGAUCAAAGAUGAGACAAAGGAAUUGAAGUGCUAUGGUAACUUUGAUGAUGAAAAUUUAGGCGAAUUCAAAGAACCAUUCUUAUUGGCAAUGGCUAAUACUGGUGAGGCAAAUACAAAUAGCUCCCAAUUCUUCAUAACUGUUGGUGUUCAACCGCAUUUAAAUGGUAAGCAUACAAUUUUUGGUAAAGUUCUGUUUGGCAAACAUGUAGUGCGCACUAUUGAAAAUGUGUCAAUUGAUAAGGAUGGAUUCCCAGAACAAUGUGUAUUGGUAAAAGAUUGUGGUAUCUGGGAUGAAUCUAUGGGUGUUCCUCUAUAUAAUGCAUGCAAUGAUAAAAUUGGAGGUGAUGUGUAUGAGGAAGAUCCAAAUGAUGAUAGUAACUUUGAUCACGAUAACUUCGAAGAAUCAUACAAUGCAUCAAAUAUAAUAAAAGAAUCUGGUUCUUUAUUGUUUAAGAAGAAAGAUUUUAAAAAUUCAUUGUUCAAAUACCAAAAAUCACUAAGAUAUGUAAACGAAUUCAUGCCUGAUAUGGAUAUGGAUAAAAAUAAUUGUUUAAAAUUCACAACAUUGAAGUCAAAAUUGUACUUAAAUAUGUCAUUGAAUUACUAUAAUUUGAAAAUGUAUGAUGAAUGUAUGACAUAUGCAAAUUAUUUGCUUGACUUGGAUAAUAUACCUGAUAUAGAUCAAGCAAAGGCCUAUUAUAGAAGAGGUAACAGUUACUUAAUGAAAAAGAGAUAUGAAGAUGCCUUAGCAAGUUAUAAGCUCUGUAAAGAGAAGAACCCUGAAGAUAAAGUGAUAGACCAGAAGAUAGAAUCAGUCAAAUCACUAAUUGAAGCUAAUAUAGAGAAAACUCGUAAAAAUCUUUCAAAAUUUUUUACGGAUCCAAAAUAA